GGCCCCGCCCCUCCGCCGCCUCCGCCUGCCGCUCGGGCCGCGGCUCCUCCCGGGGGCUGGUUCCCGCUGCCCGAGCCGCGGCGCCCCGGGGACACCGGCGUGACUGGCUGGCGGAGCGGCCGCCGGCUCCUGGAGCUGCCGUAUCCAGCCCGGCCCGCCUGGCCGGGGACGUAGGACCGAGGUCGCCCUCCGCGCCCCUCGCCCUUUGCUCCCCGCUCUUCGCCCCGGCGGGCUCCGGCGGGCUCCCGGCGGGCGGGCGGGCGGGCCGCGCUCCGGCCCUUCCCGGGCGGCGCCGCAGCCACUGCCCGCGUCCAGCCACAGGGCUGAAAACAGACUAAAUCAUUUAUCAGAGUUAAAAGACGGUCCUGACAAGAUGGGGACUCCUGGUUCUGGAAGGAAACGGACACCUGUGAAAGACCGAUUUUCUGCAGAAGAUGAAGCGCUGAGUAACAUUGCCAGAGAGGCAGAGGCAAGGCUAGCAGCAAAACGGGCUGCCCGGGCAGAAGCAAGAGAUAUACGCAUGAGAGAACUGGAACGACAGCAAAAAGAGCAUUCUCAUCAUUCCUCUGAUCGGAAGUGGGGACAGAUUCACAAGUGGCUGGAAGAUUCAGAAAGGGCCAGGUAUUCCCACCGGUCCAGUCAUCACCGUCCUUCUCUGGGAGUUGAGGAUGCAUUGUCCAUUCGAAGUCUUGGCAGUCACAGGAGCCCAUCGAAGGACAUAACUGGGACCCAUUGGAGCAGAGCCAGUAUACCCAAAAGGAAAGACAUCAUGUAUGAUCCUCUCAAGGACAGAUCGUCCAGACUCUCAUCAUUAAAUCAUUCUUACAGUCCCUCUUAUGGAAUGAAGAAGAGAUCUUCUGGUUCCCAUAAAGACCCACUGAGCGGCCUCUACUUUGACCAGAGAAACUAUAGCAGUCUUAGACAUAGCAAACCCAGCUCUGCCUACUACACUCGGCAGUCUUCUUCCCUGUACAGUGACCCUCUGGCGACGUCUAAGAGCACCAGGGCCUCCCCUAUUGCAAACUCUGGGCUGCUGAAAAGUGCCAGUCUGGUGUCAUUGUAUGAUGGUGGACUAUAUAACCCUUAUGGUUCUCGAACUCCAUCUGAAUACAGUUAUUACUCAUCAAGAACAAGUUCAGCCCGAAGCAGUCCUGUGUUUAUCGAUGACACUGCAAGCAUUGCGUCUUCUGGUUGUUCCAGUCACGGGCGAAGGGAGAAUGCGGUUUCUGCUGCUGACUAUUUCAGCCGCUCCAAUCGCAGGGGGAGCUUUGUCUCUGAGGUGGAUGAUGCCAGUGUCCUGGAUUUGAGCAGCUUGGAUGAGAAAUCUGACAAACAGUAUGCUGAAAAUUACACAAGACCUUCAUCUCGAAACUCUGCCUCAGCAACAACCCCUCUGAGCGGAAACUCAUCCAGACGAGGAAGCGGGGACACCAGCAGCUUAAUAGACCCAGACACCUCAUUAAGUGAACUGCGGGAUAUCUAUGACCUUAAGGACCAGAUACAGGAUGUAGAAGGGAGAUACAUGCAGGGGCUUAAAGAACUAAAGGAGUCUCUGUCUGAAGUGGAAGAAAAAUACAAGAAAGCUAUGGUUUCUAAUGCACAAUUAGACAACGAGAAGAACAAUUUGAUCUACCAGGUAGAUACCCUCAAGGAUGUUAUUGAAGAACAAGAGGAACAGAUGGCAGAAUUUUAUAGAGAAAAUGAAGAGAAAUCAAAGGAGUUAGAAAGGCAGAAACAUAUGUGUAGUGUGCUGCAACAUAAAAUGGAUGAACUUAAAGAAGGCCUUCGGCAAAGAGAUGAGCUUAUUGAGGAGAAUCAGCGUAUGCAGCAGAAAGUAGACACCAUGACAAAAGAGCUGUUUGAGCUCCAGGAGACACUGCUUUGGAAAGAUAAAAUCAUUAGGGCCCUAGAGAAGCAGAAGGAAUACAUUGCCUGCCUUAGGAAUGAGCGAGAUAUGCUCAGAGAGGAGCUGGCUGACCUGAAGGAUUCGGUGAAGACAGGAGAGAAACAUGGCUUAGUUAUAAUCCCCGACGGCACUCCCAACGGUGAUGUCAAUCAUGAGCCAGUGGUUGGAGCCAUCACUGUGGUGUCUCAGGAAGCUGCUCAGGUCUUGGAGUCCGCAGGAGAAGGUCCUCUAGAUGUAAGGCUACGAAAACUUGCUGGAGAGAAGGAAGAGCUACUAUCACAGGUUAGAAAACUGAAGCUGCAGUUAGAGGAAGAGCGGCAGAAGUGCUCCCGGGGCGAUGGCACAGCGGCUGGUGACCUGGCCGGGCUGCAGAACGGCUCGGACCUGCAGUUCAUUGAAAUGCAGAGAGAUGCUAAUAGACAAAUUAGUGAAUACAAGUUUAAGCUUUCAAAAGCAGAACAGGAUAUAACCACCUUGGAGCAAAGUAUUAGCCGGCUGGAGGGACAGGUGCUUAGAUAUAAGACUGCUGCUGAGAACGCCGAGAAAGUGGAAGAUGAACUGAAAGCAGAAAAAAGGAAGCUACAACGAGAGUUACGAACAGCAUUGGACAAGAUCGAGGAAGUGGAGAUGACCAACAGCCACCUGGCCAAGCGGCUGGAGAAGAUGAAGGCCAACAGGACAGCACUUCUGGCCCAGCAAUAGGGCGGCCACCACCAACCUGGGCGUUCUGGGCCCCACCCAGCGGGACGGACUUCUGCCCACUGACAAACCCCUCUCAGUACUGUUUGAGUUUUGUCGUUAAUAUAGCCACCCUUGUAUUUUAUAAUUUAUGAGAGAAUGAAAUAGGUUUGAAUUUUCAUGAAUGAACACUCUGGAUUUUGUUUGUAGUUUAAUUCUAGACUAAGAACUGGUCCAUGCUAUUUUUAUUUUGGUUUUUUACAUCCGUAAUUUUAGCUUCAAGUUUACCCACCAUUUGCCCCCAGCUGCCUCAGUGACUGGGCACUCGGUGGCCUCGGCCCAGGCUGGGAGGACAGCGAUUCUGAGUGCUCACUGAGCUACUUGCCGGAGACCUCAGAGAAAACACAAGUGCCUUCUCCACAGUGCAAUCCAGACUUCAGUGAUCUCCAGUGGUCAAAGACAUGGAGCCUCAUGUCCGAUAGCAUUUAUAUUUUAGUGAAAAAACAAGUUCACAGGUGGGGAAUAUAUGUUUCACUAAAAUUUAUAUGUUUGAAGAAAAAAAAGCCUUUUUUGUAAAAUAUUUAAAUUUAUAUAAGAAAAUGUUAGAAAAAGAUAUGGGGAGUGUAUAUAAAACUUGCUUUAUUGCAUGGGGCAGGGAAAUCCAAGGUCUAAUACUCUUAAAGUAAGAGUAGAGUCCUUAGUCUUCAACAUCAACUGUGCUGUAUCUUUUAAGGUAUUUCAUCUGCUGCUUCUUUGUGGAAUGAAACCUCAGACAAACCCAAUUUGGGGGGGUGGGGGGGAUAGGCAGGUGGGACAUCUGCCUGGAGAGUCUAUUAAACACACCCUUUGGCUGACUACAA